UAUGGACAGCUGCUCCACUCCGCAACUUUUUCACACUCUUAUUUCACCUUUUCUUCGGUUGAAUGGAUUUGUGAACGGGUCUGAGCCAACACGCGAGUGAAAAGACGAGCGGUUUUCUGUGUUUUCGCUUUGGUUGUGGGACUUUGGGGUGAAAAUGCCAGUUCCAACUCUUCUGCCUUUCACCGCGACCCCGAAUCGGAAGUCCGCGAGCCCGACCUCCUUCAGGUUGACAGAGAAAUUCAUUUUACUCUUAGUCUUCAGCGCUUUCAUCACCUUAUGUUUCGGGGCCAUUUUCUUCCUCCCGGACUCGUCCAAGCUGCUCAGCGGAGUUUUCUUCCAUUCCUCCGCGGUGGAGACCAACACCCGCACCGGUCCGGACAGCGGCGGAGGCGGCGUCGGAGGCGGCGGAGGAGGCGGAGGGGACUCGGGUUCGGCUGGGAACGAAGACCGGGUCCUGGCUAAGAUCCGGAAAGACCACGAAAAUGCCCUGCUGGAGGCCAAGGACACCCUCCAGAAACGGCCGGAGCAGAUCCAACAGGACAUUAAGAAGGAGAAGGACCAACUUGUCGAGGAGAGUAAGGGUCAAGGUGGGAAGGAUGGGAAUAAUUUACCUUUCGUUGAGUACCACCGUCCACCUGGAGCCACCGGACACGAACCCCUGGACGCGGAGACCCGGGACAGACGGGCGAAAAUCAAAGAGAUGAUGAAGCAUGCGUGGGACAGCUACCGGCGCUACGCCUGGGGUUCCAAUGAGCUCAGGCCUGUUUCGAAGCAAGGCCACUCCAGUAAUCUAUUUGGCAGCAUAAAGGGAGCGACGAUAGUGGAUGCUCUGGAUUCUCUGUACAUCAUGGAAAUGUUCGAAGAAUUCGACGCUGCCAAAGUUUGGGUGGAGAAGAACCUGGACUUCAACGUGAACGCUGAAGUGUCGGUGUUCGAAGUGAACAUUCGCUUCGUUGGUGGUUUGCUUUCCGCCUACUACCUGUCGGGGGAGGAGGUUUUCCGUCGGAAGGCGGUGGAAUUGGGCGAGAAGCUGCUGCCGGCCUUUAAGACGCCCACCGGGAUCCCCUGGGCUCUGCUCAACCUCAAAAGUGGCAUCGGUAGAAACUGGCCGUGGGCUUCAGGAGGAAGCAGCAUCCUGGCGGAGUAUGGAACACUGCAUCUGGAGUUCAUGCACCUCAGCAAACUGUCUGGAAACCCCGAGUUUGCACAGAAGGUGAUGAACAUCCGUAAAGUCCUGAACCGCCUGGACAAACCCCAGGGCCUGUAUCCAAACUACCUGAACCCCAACAGCGGCCAAUGGGGCCAACAUCAUGUGUCCGUCGGCGGUCUCGGUGACAGUUUCUACGAGUACCUGCUCAAAGCCUGGCUCAUGUCUGACAAGACGGACGACGAAGGCAAGAAGAUGUACUACGACGCCCUGCAGGCCAUAGAGACCAACCUGAUGAGGAAGUCCAGCAGCGGUCUGACCUACAUCGCUGAGUGGAAGGGGGGGCUGCUGGAGCAUAAGAUGGGUCACCUGACCUGCUUCGCCGGGGGGAUGAUCGCUCUGGGCGCCGACGGGGCUCCCAGCGAUAAGACGGGUCACCAGAUGGAACAGGCCGCCGAGAUCGCCCGGACCUGUCACGAGUCGUACGCCAGGACGGCGCUGAAGCUGGGACCGGAGGCCUUCCGCUUCGACGGGGGGGUGGAGGCCAUCGCCACCCGCCAGAACGAGAAGUACUUCAUCCUCCGCCCAGAGGUCAUUGAGACCUACAUGUACAUGUGGAGGUUCACCCACGACCCCAAGUACAGGGAGUGGGGCUGGGAGGCAGUGCAGGCGUUGGAACAACACUGUAAAGUAGAAGGAGGUUACAGCGGCGUCAGAGACGUCUACGCCUCCACCCCCAACCACGACGACGUCCAGCAGAGCUUCUACUUAGCCGAGACGCUCAAGUAUCUGUACCUGCUGUUCUCGGACGACGACCACCUACCGUUCGAUCAUUGGGUGUUCAACACGGAGGCCCACCCCCUGCCCGUCAUCAGGAAGGACAAAACCGACAGACCCAACGAGGUGGAGUAGCAGCGACGCCCCCCGAACCAAACCAGUGCAAGAACCUCUGAUCCUGUAAACCUGAGCCUCCAGCCGUCUGUGUGAAAACAGCGCCACCUAGCGUUGGGACCCCCGACGCCGGACGCUUCUUUAUGGGAAUUCACUUUUAUUUAUAAUGGGAUCAAAAUCGGAUUCAAGCUCAGCGGUUGAAUUCUUGCUGUUUAGUCCUCCAGUGAUUUUCUUUUUUUUUUUUUUUUUUUUUUUUUUUUUAAUUCAGCUCAUGUCGUGUCCAGACGCUGCCAGAUCAUGUGGAAUAUAAUCGGAAUAUUCAGGACGGAUUCGUGUUUGGGAUGUUUUCAGGAUGUUUUGGAGCUUUUUUACGUCAGUCGGACUUCCAUCGUUUAGUCCAGGGUGUCA